AUGGCCGAUGCUCGCCUGCUGGAGGAGCUCGAAAAGUACGCUACGCGGCCGGAUAUCCUAAUCAUGGGCGACUUCAACACGCCUCACAUUUACUGGAGCUCGACUCAUGCAAAUAGCUCAGAACAGACCUUCGAUAGGAGUUUUCUGAACACGACACUGAAGUUGUUUCUCACCCAACACGUCAUGUUACCAACGAGAGUACGCGAAGGCCAACAAGGCAACUGCCUUGAUCUUGUCCUUACGAAGUCACAGGACAGCAUUGAUGAGGUGUCAUGCAGACCCCCUGAGGUAAAAGCGACCACGCCGUUCUUCUAUGGGAUUACUCGCUUUUGUCCAUGCCCGAAAAACCCCUGACAGUUAGAAGAAACCUUUGGCGCGGGGAUUUCGGCCAAAUGAGGGCUGAAAUUUCACGCAUUGAGUGGGAGUCCGAAUUUGUUGGAAGCAUACAUGAAGAUUGGCAACGGUUCCGAGAAAUUCUGCACGAGCUGAUCACAAACCACUCUCCGCUUUCACGGAAGAGGUUACCUAGCAGAUCUCGAUGGCUUAAGCAAGCCUUGAAGAAUGAAGUGAGUAAAAAACGAAGGCUGUGGAAAAAAUCGCUUUCUGACAGGAGCCCCACAUCUAGAUGCGCGUACGGAAUUCAAAGAAAUCGAGUCAAGGGCCUUAUCCUCAAAACUAGAAGGGAAUUCGAACGGGAUCUGCUUAAUCGCGACGCGGAGAACACUACAUUAUUUUACGGUUACAUAAGGCAGUGCUCGCGGAAUAAGGACCCAAUACCACUGCUAAAGACUGCUGAAGGUGAACAUCUCACUGAAGACAGAGCGAAAGUUGAUCCCCUUUCAGAAAUUGUUCGGUCUGUUUUUGGUAGCGAAACAGGAUUCAACCCUUAGGCCCUUCAACCCUUCGAAGACACCACAAUUAUGGAGACCGUUCAGUUCACUGAGGGUAUGGUUCUGACGGAGUUUCUGAGGCUAAAGGAAUCCAAAUCACCAGGUCCCGAUGAGAUUCCGACGGAGAUUUUGAAGGAACUCGCCGAUGAGUUGGCUAAGCCACUCUCCAUGCUUUUCCAUACAUCCUUCGAGACCGGAAGUCGACGUGGAUUAGGCCGCUGUACAAGGGCGGAAGUCGGGUCUCUGCAAACAAUUACAGGCCUAUCAGCCUCACCUCCAUUUGCUGUAAGCUUAUGGAGAAGAUGAUAAAGCAACAAUUAAUGCAGUUUCUUGAACAAAACCAUCUGCUUUCCGAUUCCCAGCAUGAAUUCCGCAAAAGUAGCUCCUGUGUGAUAAACUUGCUCUACUGUCUGGAACACUGGACUGGGGCUGUUGAUAGAGGAGAUAUGGUGCAUUCCAUCUAUAUCGACUUUAAAAAGGCCUUCGACAGUCUGCCUCACCACCGCCUUCUAUACAAACUCAGCCGUGCAGGAGUGCGAGGUAAGCUUCUGAUGUGAAUUCGAAGCUUUUUACUCCGCCACUCUCAAGCCGUCCACGUCAGUGACCAGCAAUCUGCCGAGGUUGCCGUUAGGAGUGGUGUUUCCCAAGGCUCUGUUCUUGGCCCUACAGUGUUUCUCGUACAAGUCAACGACUGCGCAAACGAACUGGAUUGUGAUGUCGCAAUGUUUGCCGAUGAAAUAAAGAUUUGGAGUGCCAUACGAAGCAAAGUUGACGAGGCCCGACUGCAUACAAAUCUGGACCACCUCGAGCAAUGGUCGAAAGACUGGCUUCUGCCGUUCAAUGUAAACAAGUGUAACUUCCUGCGCGUCGGCAGAACCAGUUCUCCUAACCGCACGGUCUACCGUCUGACUGGCAAACCACUGCAAGAAGUCGACGCCCAGAAGGACUUGGGUGCAUGGGUCACAACCUCGCUUAAGCCUUCGCUGCAAUGUUCAAAGGUAGCCAAGUCGGCUAUGUCCAUUCUAUACCUUGUCAAACGGGCGUCCUCCUCCUUUGAUGAAAACUGCUUCGCCAAGGUAUUUCAAACUUUCGUGCGACCGCAUCUGGAGUUUUUUAUCCAAGCAUGAAGACCCUGGACCGCUAAAGACUUGGGCAUACUCGAAAAAGUUCAACGGCGAGCAGCGAAACUUGUAUCUGGGCGGUGGUCACUACACUACGAAACACGAUUAGCUAAUCUUGACCUCUUCCCCUUGAGUUACAGACAGCUACGUGGGGACCUGAUACAAGCUUUCCGCAUCGUGCGCAAUCAGGAAUGCUGCCUCGCAUCUGGAGACUUCUUCGAGUUGGCGACUACGACUAACCUGAGAGGCCAUCCACUCAAACUGCGUGGGGCUGGUGCCCGGCUAGACACACGAAAGGUCUUCUCCAACAGAGUGGUUGCAGCUCGGAAUGCCUUGCCUGAGGAUGUUGUUAUGUCCGGAUCCGUAUAUACUUUUAAACGGAAGCUAGAUAAACAUUGGAGCGCGCACUACAAUAACGCCGAACUACGGUCACCUUGACAGCCAACGUUGACACCUUAGUGUUAUGAGGAUGAUGCUAGCAACAUUCAAGUAACACAUGUAUAUGUAAUUCAUUACUUUUGGACCACGUCGCACAGCGCUGCUCUCAUUCAUCACGAUGCCUGUAGACUAAAAAUUUCUACUUCUUUCCUAUAUCUUAGGUGUGCUUCAACUUUCUGCUGCAUUUAACCAACUAACCGAGUUCAUGUGUCUCUAAAUGCUGUUAACGCAUGACUUUCUGUGUUCAUCUGUAUAGUUUUUGUUAUUCACCUUGUAUUUCUUUCAUGUUACUUCCUUUAAAUUCUCUCCAUAUACUUCCUCUGCAUGUAACCAAUGGGGAUUUCAACGGCACACACCUGCUUUCCCUGACAUACACUGAUACUGAUACUGAUACCGAUAGGGUCCCUCCUCCCCCUCCUCCUCUCCCGCCCCGUUGCUUCUCCUCCUCCUCCUCCUCCUCCUCCUCCUCUUCCUUCUGCACAAGUUAACUAUCAGAAAGCCUAUCCCUGUUCCAGGUCACUUAGCAUUCCAGUACCCGAAAACUAUAUUCCCACAUCCUUUAGGUUACCUGUCCAAUCUUCUUUUGCUGACUCCAUGUAUGUCAAUUACUCUAGGCUCACUGGUACUUAUUUCCAAAAUAGCUUCUAUUCCCAGCCUACAUAUCCUCCUCCAAUUUCUUCCCAAAUACUGUCGACAAUAGCCUUGGAGUUCGAAACAAAUUAGAUAAUAUGUUCUGAAUGCCAGGUCUAGUAUAGACAAGACGGCCAAAUUCAGAGCCAUUGCUCUCGAAACGACGCCUGAUACUAAAUCUACUGUUAUUACUCCUCCCACGCAGCGACGAUUUUCGCGGUUCUUGAUGCCAUCUCCUCAUUUCGACCUCAAGCGGUCUGUCGACGCUCACCUCGAAAAUCUCUGUAUUCGCCAUCCACGAGUAGUUUGGCCUGUCUGCAUAGGAACCUUGCCUCUCCUCGUCUAGACUCGAAACGGUCUGUGACCGUUUGCGCCUGUGUUCCUUUCAUCUCGCCACUUUGACGUUAAUAGCUUCAUCCAGUGUAUGAAUUCUGCUUUGACGAUGUCCGUAUCCCUUACACACUACCGCGUGCAGGCCAGUCAUGUCUGACCCACAUACUUACCUGUAUACGAAUGAAUUUUUUUCCGUCCUGACGAUGUCCAUUUAUAAUUCGUUGUACAUUACCACAUGCAGGCCGGUCCUGCCUGCGCUCUUACCCUCUCAUGGGCGACAGUUUCUCCCUUCAUUAAAGUUAACCCAAUCACAUUCAUUCUGUUUACUAGGUAAAGGGGUUUUUUACUGUCCGCUAAUCAUUUUUCUGACCGAGCUGCUUAUCUAUAAAGCAUGAACUGAAAACUGGAGAUUCUGUCUACUUGUUCUAAAAUUCAUAUUAAAAUUUAUUUUUACUUGAUAUGAUGGGACUUCAAGGGCUUUUUACAUAAAAAUUUAUUUAUGUUGCCGGAAAACGUUAUUUUCAAGUUUAUGUUGUUUAUUUUGGCCUUUUUGAUCGAAACAGAAUAAAUUUAUUAUUGUACCUCUUGGGCGCUGACAACCUUUCUAAAAAACGGCAAAAACGUAUUACAAAUUUAUCCCUUUCAACUGCGCUUCGACAUUGUCAAAUAUUUCUUAUUUUCCUGGCGGGCUGCUUGGGCAUCCAAAAGGUGGAAUUUUGCCUGCGUGGUACAAAGUGGCUGUUUGGCCUAGGGAAAACAGACACUGCACUUUUUUAAUUGUAUCCGGAGAUUUCGUGAGCAGCAGAUUCAAACAGUUUGACUGUAGUCCCUCACGCAGCCUUGUAGGAAACAAAUUAUUGAGUGAGGGAUAAACUAAGCAUUGUGUCCAAUAGACGUCGGUCACAGACUAGUUCUAGAUCUCAUGCGCAAAAUGAACUCCAGUCAGUGAAUUGUGUGUUAAAGACACUUUUAAUCAGCACAUCAGGCCGAGUAGCAAAUAUUUUUAGCUUCUCUAACAAACAACCAUAAGCUUCGGGAUGAUUUCGUGGUGGUCGAUAGACCUAGGAGACUAACAUAUUUCAGCCGAGGUGACGCUGCUGACCAGGCGAGUUUACUUGAAUAUGAGGAGAAUGAGGGCUGAGCUUCUACUGGGAAUGCACCUGUUGAAGUAAUUUUCUGGACGGCGGGGGACACACUGUUUCAUUUGGAGAACGAAUGCCCCUCCUGGACGGGAGUUUUUUACAAACUGGGUUUGACAAUUCUUCUAUAAGGUAUGGGGUUAGUUGGUGACACGAAGUGUUCAGGGUUGUAGUGGGCGAACGUAGAAUUAAAGUAUUUUUUAGAGAGGCUGCGAUUUUUUUCUGUCAGAUUGGGCAAAACAGCACGUAGACCUGUCUUUAAAAUAGGUGCCUAAUUUGUUCUGCCUGGGGUUACCGGUGAAGUUGAUAGGAGUUUAAGUUUACUUCGGGCUAUUUAUUUUAAGUUCAUUCCCUUGGAAAAGAACGGACUGGUAGAGCACAAGAAGCACUAAAGUGAUCUCAUUCUGUUUUAGCUCAGUCCCUUGUAAUAUAAGUUAUUUAUACAAUUUUUUUUCGAGGCGCUGUCAACAUUUGCCGUCGGCCUAAAAUAUCUAGGGCUGACCCAGAGAAGUGUUUCUAUCUAAGGAGAUCCGGUAGGCGUAACUGAUUGAAAAAUCAAGGGAGUUUUGUGAAAAAACGCAAAGGUUAUAAAUUUUUGCUAGUUAACCAGACUAAAGCGUUAAUUUAUUAUACGCAAUUUAGGGUGGUAAAUCUCCAAAAAUGUUGAUACCUUCAGAUGUUUUGUGAACUGCCAUUGCUGCCAAAAUGAUACGAUUGAAAACUCGUCUAUGAGCUGUUGCGAAGGCAUGCAUAAAAUUCUUUUGUUUCAAUUUCCUUGCUAAAUAAAGUUUCCUUGACCUGGACACAAUUUCCGUCUAACCAAACUUGGAUACUGCCCGGAAGAGUAAACAGCGAGAUCCGUUACUAAAGUAACGUCAUAAGGAUAGUAUAGGCUCAAAUAGUUUUGUGGAUUUUUGCAUGCGUGCGCGCAAACCUUCGACUUGUUUAACUCGUUGGGAUGCGUCUCACGGUAUCCGACUGUAUGAGCAGUCGACCUUGUUCUCUCGACGUGUCACAUAACUUCCAAAAUUAUGGGUUCUACCAAGUGCUUUAGGACCUUGACUAGAAGUGAAGUUCUCGGGCUUAUCAGUGAAAUUCACUUGGCAAUUUCUGAACUUGCAGGUUUGGUUUGAAGCUCGUGGAUCUUGAAUCUUCCGCUUGUGCUGCAAGUGAACUGUUUGAGGUGAGAUCAGAUAGUAUUUUGAGGCGUCCAGAUACCCUAAAAGCAUACGCUAGGGUUUUGAUGGAUUGUACGUCUUUCGAAUUUCUCGUUUUCAUACCACAGUUUAUUCAACGUUUUCAUCGAAUUCUAUGUCAUUGGCGUAUAGUAAUUCCCCGACUUUUUAUUUUUCGAAUUCACUAUAUCCUAUUUACGCAUAAAAACACUUUAUAUCGUCAAUUAAGCUGGUACAUUGCAGGACAUAUAUGUCCUGCUAUGUAGCAGCUUAAUUGACGACAUGAGGCCCAAUAACUAUUGGCCCCCCGGGUCCCAAUUGCUGUAGAACUGAAAUUCAGUUUGUGUCGACCUCGAGAACGUCCAGGAUUUCGUGCUCGAUUUGUUGAAAUCUCUCCAUUUCGUGGGAUAGCAUCACAGACAGCCUCUUUUUUCCUACGUAAGUUUUGCGCACUCGGUUUGAGGCCUCGCGCGGAUGCAUCGCAAAUAACACUUGCGUUUCGAACAUGUAUGCGUCCUGUGGGAAUAGGACAUCGAAAGCCGUGUUCUUGGAGGACACUUAUUUCAUCUGUCAGCUCCUUAUAGAAGACCACAUCAGGUGUGCUUACCGUUACCACAAUAUGUGGUAACUGGAAGAGUGCAGCUGAGAAACGGCUUCACGAUGCGACCCGAAAUCGGCCACAGUUCUGUUCAUGUCGUACGAUACAGAGGUAAACCAUCUAUGACCAGUUUCAACACUGCCUCCUAUUCCUCGGCGACGACACGCUCACUUUCUAUUAGCCGGCGCAGUUGUUUCUGCAAUCUAAGGUGAAUGUACUCGCCACUACCCAGGGGGCUACUUUUGGGUAUACGAUGCCCCCAAAAGCGUCCUGGGAUCUGCGGGCAUCUCCGGAACAAGCGACCUAAGUAUGUUCAGAAGGUUGCGGAGAUGACCGCUAAGUUGGCCUGCAGAGCCCACUCAUGCACCCUAUUCCGAACGCGUACGUGCCUUGUAAAGUUGUCAUUAUGGACGACGUUUUCAUCGCCGGGAGUGUUUUCCACGCGUGAGACACUGCUUGUGAACGAUGUGGACGGGCUCAUACUUCCACUGUUGCCGGAAGCCAAGUCUAGUGAACAGUUAGAUGACGGCUCCGCGUGGGAAUCGUCCGUUCGAGAAUGUUUCCUACUCGGAAUGAGGAGGUCAGCCUCGUCUAUUUCUCUAGCCAUUUCCUCGGUAUCCUUCUUCACACGCCGUCUAAAUGUUCGUUCACUUUCGUGCCUAAACAUUUUAAACUUAAAAAACAAAGGUUAGAUAGAAUGCAAGAGGUAUGUAGCAAAAAAAGAAAUCGAGCAGUGUAGAGCACACGCCGCACCCACGCAAUAAUGGCGGGUGUGCGCGCGCCAUCAGUACGCGGAAGCAUAGGCAACCAAAUAUUUGCCCGGAUAAUGCAAUCAAGGUGACAAAACACACUGUUUAAUCUACCAUCUCGAGAAGCCACAAGAGUACAUCCGGUCUGCCAUAAGAUGGUACUAGGGAGGCAUAAACCGCCUUCUCUGGAGAACUGCAUUGAACGGUUUUGGACCAUCGUGUUGGUCGGACCCAUAUGACCUAGGUAGCGACGUAAGAUUUAAUAACCUGGAGCAGGUUGAUAUAUUCCUCUGGUAUUUGUGGUUAGCCGUUUGGUUCGCCCCAUGAUACUGCACAUUUGUGAGUUACAAAUGGCAGUGUUCUGGCGAGCCGCAAACGCGGCAGAUUCUAAAUUUCGAAAGCAACCACCCAUUCGCCAGAACAUAGCUGCAUUUGCGCAGUGUUUACACUCACGGGACCCACGGUAACAGAAACUGAUGCGGAAACUAAUCAAUCACAAACCAAGUAAUCACAGCCCAUGCAUCCACGGAAUUUCCUCAGACGUCAUUUUGCCAUACUUGAGCAAAUUGCGUUAAAUCCUUAAUUAUUUUCGUGAAUCAUAACCAGAUACAGGUGCUUACCAAUGCCCACCAGUCCUGCAUGUUUGUUGUCAAUCCUUCCAAAAGGACAAGUCUCAACAUCAAAUCAAAUGCGAUAUAAGGACUCAAUGUUUUCGUGUUUUUGCAACACUGGGUAUGUGUACACCCAGGUCCUGAUAGGUCUGAGGACAGCCGAGAUAUACAUACUUUUUUCGCCUUCUUUUAAGUUGAUGAUGACUUCCCCGCCAGGGAGGACGAGGAGGUGGCAAUUCCACGUGCCUCGCUGAACAAGUUCAUUAAGGACAUUUUACCUGAGGCUCGCCUCACCAACGAGACCCGUGAAUUGAUCCUCAGUUGCUGCCACCGCUUCAUUCAUCACUUGUCAACUAUGGCUAACAUUGCAUGUACUCAGGCUAACAAGAAGACAAUCAAUACCGAACAUAUCCUCAAUGGUUUGUUGUUCCUUCCUACAUUUUCGCUUCUUAUGAGAACUCUGGUCAUUUUUUUUAGUAAAACGUAUAUGCGCACAAAUAAAGGGAACCGGUACUCAACCUUUUAUUAUACCGACCUUUUGAAAGUAUUGAAGCGUCCAUUUACCGAAGUAUUAUUAACGAAGCGCCUUUAUAUCCAAAAACCAUUGCCCCCAGUAACAGAUCGAUGACUACGGGCUCUUUUCUCUCUACUAUUUGACCGAGCGAAAUAGUUGUCAUAACGAUGCGUUUCUGCAUUCUCUCUGCCGUGGCGCUCCGACUGGAUGUGCUUUCUGGUAAGCGAGGUAAGGGGAAAGGGAGUGAGAUGUCGGUUUCCGUCGAUUUUCGUAGGGCAACUGUCUUCUACACUUUCAUAGAUGCAUAUGAAUCUGAAGCAUGAAAAUCAGCACCCUAAUGUCAUUCAAAAAACCGUCUGCCCAACUUUAGAUGGCAGGUGUUCUUAAAUGACGUAAUUGCUUGAUCGCUCAUAUCCGAUUCGUUGUCUACCGCACCCUCACCAUCAAUGAUAAUUGGCGUGAGUCCUGGACGUAGGGGAAAACAUGAAUCAUUUUCAGGGAACACACAGUGGGUGCUAGGACUGCUGAGAUGCUGGCUUAAAUUUUUAUUAUGCUUUCAAACAGAAAAAAAUCAGGUUAAUCGAGUCUGCAUAUUGAUCGGCAUAAAACACAGGCCCUAUUCUCAAUAGAGAGGAAAAGAGCACGAGGGCUUUCAUUUGAAAAUCUCUCCAACCAAAUUUCCCAAAACGCUACUUGGGUAUCAUUAUCUUAUCCGAUUCUCGGCCCUUGUCCAAAUAAACUCCCCAAAUCCAGCUGCAGAACUGCUGUACAAAACUCUCAUUUUGUGGGAAAUUGCGUUUUCUUGAAGUUAACUGCUUGGAUGAAGGGGAUUUAUGGGGUUAAAAGAUGCAUUCUUGGGAAUUUUUGGACGUUGUGUAAUGUUCACAGGUGUAGUUCGGUAUUUUUAUGGACUUCAAAAGGUCCAGCUUGGAAAAAGAGAAGUGUGUUUCAAAAGAAAUACGAAUAAAUAAAUUUUCAUGCCGAAAACCUACUUUCACGAAAGCCUAUUUCCAUCCAGAACGCGUGUACAGAUGAGCGUACCAGGUUUCUUUUCCACGGCAUGAUUAGAUCUAAAGAACAUCCGGAAUAAGUGCGAGACCGCAUGCUGUUAGUAGUAUCUGCCUAAUCGAUUGGUAGAGUACAAGAAAUGAUACCUUUAUACAUUACCCCCGGUAUAUGCAGUAAAAGUUGUAUAGGCACUACAAAUAACCAGAAAAGAUGCGCAAUACACAACUGGCCACUGAUUCCUUUGUCUACUUGACACCAAUGCCUCGAAAGCUCGCUGGUCAAAAUCCGGCGUGCAUUCGUGUUAACUAUUAUGAGGUUAUGCCUCAUGCUAGUCAAUAUUUACUUCUACUUACGCAACCUUCACUCGACUUUUUGUCGGCAGAGUCUUUUAGGCCAAAUUCUGGCGCCUGUCGUAUCUGUGACUGAAUAGGUCUUUGACAACCGCAAUACGAUGCUGGCAUGUCUUAGCUACACUCGACCUUACCGUCCCUGGAGGGCAAAUUUACAGUGCAAACUGUUUUUCGCUUUUAAAGUACUCGUGCACCGGUAGAUUUAUGGACGAUCAUUUGAUCCCUAGCAACUGCUUACCCUAGAACCAGUAUACCCUGAUUAUCAGGAUAACUCGAAUUCUUUUCUGGGCAAGCUUUGCUUUGUGGCUUGUUACGGGCCACCCCUUAAGAUUUUUAUGAACUCGAGCAAGGCAGGGACGGUUAAACCUGCAAAAUCUAAUAAAAAUUUCACGGCUCCGUGUCCAACUACGAACGGUCAUUGCAUAUUCACAUAACAGGCGGUUCAGUUUGAAUACAACCUGGGCAACCAAACGAGAUACGUUUAUAAACAUAGGGAAGUGUUUAAAAGAAGGCGAAGGCACGAUCACUGGGACAGUAAGUGUAUUUGCCUGAGCUUUCGAACUCGACUAGACACGCUGUAUUCAAAGCCUGCUUGCCUACGUCUACCCUUUCUCUCCUCGGAAUCACCCGCAUGUCCGACCAGCGUUCCUUGUCAUUUAUGUACGCAUCCUAUUUAGUUACCUUAGACCAUGCUCUCACUGAGCUGCUGAUUUUGUAAAUAUGCAAUGAUCGUUCGCAGUGGGACGUUAGAGCAUGAAGUUCAUGUCUCCAUGAGAUUCCGCAUGCUUAACACCUUUGUCGUUUUAGAAUCCACCCCCAGAAGACAAUGUUCCAAUUUUAUGCUUCUUGCUUUUCCCGAGUCGUUGCAGUAAGUUCAACCCACCCACUACAAUUUUUUGCAGAACAACUGCAAACUAACCCAAGGAGGUAGCCAUCGGCGAGUUAAAACACCCACCAAAAUAGGGGGCUUGUGUUACAACAUUUUCGCCUCCACAGCCCUUACAGUCCCUCUUUUUUUACUUAUCCUGCCAACUUACUGGCAUUUGAGGACGGGGCUAACUCUUGCCAUGUUUCACCUCAUUUAUGAUUUGCCCACUUUCAGGUCUCGACGCAAUGGGUCUGUCGAGUUACAAGGCAGAGGCCCGUGCUGCCAACGAGGGUGCGAAAGUAGAACUUAAGGACAGGCGGAUGCUCAGUGCAAGCUACAAGUUCAAGCAGCACGACAGCGAGCAGCUGGAACAGCUCAGGGAAGAGCAGCAGAAGAUUUUUGAGCAGGUAAUGUUUUGAUCCAAUUUUCUGAUCUUUCUCUCCUGGCAUCCGAGAGCUCCUUUUCUUCCGUCCCCCUCCAAUGAAGUAUUGAAUCGUGUAUAUGCAGAUAAAGUGCUUUUACUACUUGCUCAUCACAGCAAAAGUGUUUUUGUAGAGGUUUCUGUUUCUAAUUCGAUAGUAAACAUUCAUUGCAGUUGUCCGCACUCAACAGUAAAAGUGACUUGCACAACAACAAGCCUGUAUUUUAGAUUAGGAGGGGAAUUUCGGGCUUUUAAAAGCCACUGGUGACGUCUUGGCUGGUCAAUUGACACUUGAUCAGAAUUCAAAAUGUCAACUGUUCGACCCUGUCUACGAGCUGUUUUCCAGUUGUGUUUAGUCCUAGACGUGAAAAAGAAAACAUUUCUGCUGAACUCAAGUAACACCCGCCUCAAAAUAGAGCAAGGUAUCCAGCUCGCACUAGUCCACGCAUUUUAAAGGCUUUUCGUGUAGUUAAAGAAAGUUUGUUAACUCGUAACUCGGAAAACGCACCGAAGAAAUAUAUGCCCUUCAAGUAUUUAUUUAACAUUUUUGGGACAUAUGUUCAAGCUGCAAUUUUAUGGUUGCUGCAGGAAGCAUGACUAUAACCAAACAAUAAUCUGAAUUAUGAUGUGCAUGCUGUUGUGCGGAUAAAAAUGUUGAAUGAAUGUGCACUUUCAUUAUUUUACCUGGUCAGUACUAAGCGAAGAAUUUCACCUAGCUGGAAUUAUGAGGUCUCAACGCCUACUUAUCUUUUGAUUUUAUAUGUGCCUCGACGACUUCAUAGGCCCCGGCUUUACGAGUAUGCCCUCAUCACCCGUUUGAGAAAUAAAAAAACGAAAUCCCAAGAAAAUAUUUAGCCACCUAGUAAUUCACGGUAACUAAUCCACUGCGUCUCACUUGCAUCUCUCGGGAAACUAGAGAAUUUAAUCUCAGACGUUUCGGAGCCUGAGCGUUUGCCUUCAUCAAAGCAGGCAUCUUCAGUAGUUACUCAUUCUGACUUAUACUUCACUACCGGUUGCUACUAAAAUGAUUUUAGUAACGCGAUUUUAAAACUCCAAAGGCCCGCGCCACAUUUUUGGAGGAGCAAAUGGAUAAGAGCGAUCUUCUAGCCGCUGCAGCCUCCACCGUGGCCUCCCUCACCAAGUAUUCCACUGCUGAGGGUUCUGAUAUGCCUACUCAAGACGCAGCGCAAUCACAGGGCCUCCAUGCUGAAGUUCCCACUGCUCCAGCUUCAGCCCUACUCUUGGGGAUUACUGCGCUGAGCGAGGAGGAUAAUUACGACUGA